CCUUCCUCCCCACAGCUCAUCGACUACGCCAAGCUGGGCGACACCAACGAGCGCGCCAUGCGCAUGGCGAAUUUCUGGCUGACGGAGAAGGACCUCAUCCACAAGCUGUUCAAGGUGCUGGCACCCCGAUUCCAGCCCCACCCCGGAAGCUACACCCGCCUUCUGCAUAUCCCUAACCGGGAUAGCCUUGACCGCGCCAAAAUGGCAGUCAUCGAGCUCAAGGGCAACCCCUACCCGCCGCUCAUCCGCCCACAGCGCGACUCGGAGAAGACGCUGCUCAACCAGCUCCUAAAGGGCUACCGGGAGGACGUGCGGCAGGCAGCAGCCUCCCAGGCCCCUGAGGGCACCCCUCUUUAA